CACUGUCUAUACCUGUUUGAGACCAGUUUAACCAUGAAAACGCCAUCAUUCUGGUUCUACUGGCUUCAGAACGGUACAGUAAGUGGUCGAAUAGAGUGAACGUUUAAUAACUCUGUUAAUAAUUAGGAGUUCGAUAGACUCAGCAAACACUUCCAACCGGACCCGCCUACGUCAUACGCGCCUCCGCAAACUGCGUGGUCACGUCUCAUCUGCACGCGAAGCUACACCCUGAACACAGCUCGCUCUGUCACAGUGUGAAACGGGUCGCACCGUUCAUUGGCGCAGUCUUAGUUGAGACACUCGUGUCCGGUUGACUUUUUGACGCUGCAGCGGCCGCGGACUCAGACCAGAUGCCUGAGAAGAAAGUGGUUCUGUUCAACUUCUGGGGAGUUGUUGUGCCCGCGCGUGAUGCUGUUUACAACAAGGUGGAGGAGACGCACAAGCUCCCGGGUGGCCUUCUGUCCAGUGUGGCGUCUCAGGCUGAUGGAGCCAUGAUCCGGGCGGAGAGAGGCCAGCUGAGACUGUGUGAGAUGAUCCCAGCGCUCACAGACGCGUGUGUGAAGGAGGCUGGGGCGAGGGGCGUGACCCUGCCGUCGGACUGGUCGGCUGCUCUGCUGAAGGAGCUUGAGGAGGCCAUGCUGGACGUCCAGCCUGCUGUGCUGAAGACGGCUGCCAGGCUGCGCCGCAGUGGGCUACUGACAGCUGUGUUGGCCAAUCACUGGAUCGAUGACCGCUCCGAUGGAGACGCAGCGGCCCGUCUCCUCUCUCUGCUCGGCAGCCACUUUGACCUGGUCCUCCAGUCCUGCCGUGUGGGCCACAGGGUCCCUGAGUCCCACCUGUUCACCCAAGCCUUACAGCACCUGGGAGCGACGUCACAGCAGGCGCUGUGGCUGGAUGUGGAUGCGGAGGGUGUGAAGGCAGCAGAAGCAUUAGGGAUGAAGAGCAUCUCAGUGAGGAACCUGGACGAUGCUCUGGACAAACUGGUCGCCUUCACUGGAGUUCAGGCGGUCCACGCGGACCCUGCUCCCCCGGCCUGCAGCCCUGACAACGUUGCUCAUGGAUACGUCAGCAUCAAGCCCGGUGUGAGGACUCAUUAUGUGGAGAUGGGCUCGGGUCCACCGGUUCUGCUGUGUCAUGGCUUCCCAGAGAGCUGGUACUCGUGGAGGUACCAGAUUCCUGCCCUGGCAGCUGCAGGCUUCAGGGUGCUGGCUUUGGACAUGAAGGGCUACGGGGAGUCCACCGCCCCUCCAGAAAUUGAGGAAUAUUCUCAGGAGCAGAUCUGCAAAGACCUGAUCACGUUUCUGGACCAACUGUUGAUAGCACAGGUCACACUGGUGGGUCACGACUGGGGCGGGUUUCUGGUUUGGACCAUGGCUCAAUGCUUUCCUGAGAGAGUCAGAGCGGUGGCGUCUCUGAACACUCCCCUGUUCCGGGCCGAUCCCUCUGUUCAUCCUGGAGAGAGGCUUAAACAGAUUCCCAUAUUUGACUACCAGCUCUACUUCCAGAAACCAGGAGCAGCUGAGGCCGAACUGGAGACAAACCUGGAGAGAACCUUCAGGAUUUUCUUUUUCAGCAGCAGUGACAUGAAAACCCGUCCUGCUCUGACGACUGCAGGAGUUUGUGCUCGAGGAGGCUUAUUUGUGGGUCUACCUGAGCAGAUUCCCAGGAGCUCCAUGCUGACGGAGGCGGACCUGCAGUACUAUGUCUCCCAGUACAAAGAGAACGGAUUCAGGAGGCCACUGAACUGGUAUCGGAACGGCGAGGCCAACUGGAAGUGGAUGUGCUCUCAGCCCAGAGGAAAGCUUCUAAUGCCGGCGCUGAUGGUGACGGCAGGUAAAGACCCCGUACUGCUGCCAGACUUCACCAAGGGAAUGGAGGACAUGAUCCCAAACCUGAAAAGGGGACAUGUGGAGGAGUGUGGCCACUGGACUCAGAUGGAUGAACCAGAGGAGACCAACAAAAUCCUGAUAUCAUGGCUCAAAGAAAUACACAAGGCUGCAGCCAAACUGUGAGGGAGGAAAGUAGAAAAAGACACAGACAUUGGGAACAAGAGGACAUUUAUUGAAGAAAGCCCAUCAGUACAAGUUACAUGAAAAGUAAUAGUAUCUGAGCUUGAACACAUUUCAUAUGGCAAAAUAAUAAUACAUUUAAAGAAAUAACUGAUUAAUCACAAAGUUUGAAUAAUAAAACUGGUUCAACCCUGUUA